AUGGAGCGUUACAUACGGUUUUACAUAAAAUUCCAAGGCUACAUGAUCGGUGCGUUCACGUUGCUGUUGGCGGUGCUAUUAACGCUGGUGAUAUACGAAAAUAACGAACCGUACUAUCCGAUGGAGCUCUAUUAUAACUUCCGCUUCAUGGGCAGCACGGCGUUAGUGUUGGGAGUGUUCUGGUUUGUAGCCGGUGCGGCCUUCCUGUAUGGUGUGCAUCAGGAAAUCAAGCAAUGCCUACUGCCGUUUGCUUUGCUGUAUCUGCUCGAUUUGUUUCUGCUUGCCAUCCGGGAUAUUGUGAUGGUUUGGCACGACCGCCGCUGGUACACCAUGGUGUUUGUGAACAUACCGUCGUUGUUGGCAGUGCUGUACAUCACUUGUUACUUGUUCAUGACGCUGAUCGCUCUGGCUCGUUUGUUCAGCACCGAUCCGAAGCCGCAAACGGGUGAUAAUUUUGUACGGUUCAACAACGGCAUCACCAAUCCAAUCGCAAUGGACGAGGAAGCUGCACUGGUGGCGGAAUAA